AUGGCCAACAUGCUCGUUCCCUCGGCGCCAUCACAUCCUAAACCCAAUGCACGACGUCCAAGUUGUGGUGGCCGACAGCUGGUUACGCCAGAAGGGAACCCAACGAGUGCAAAAGAGAGAAUUCCCUCCCUCAGUGAGCUUGUGAUGCAGCAGCAGCAGAAACGUCGAGUGACCGAUCGUCUAUGGGGUGAUGCUUUGACAUGGAGCCGACAAACGACGCCCGAGUCAGAGCCGGACCUGGCGGAGUUUGAGUUCCUCUUCGCGCCAAGGGAGACAUCAGGAAAGCCCGCCGGUGAUCGAAGUCGGGGAGAGCAAUAA